AUGGCGCAAUGUGGCCUCUUUUGCAGGAGCUACUAUCGUUGCACUACAAUUGGUUGCAACGCGAAAAAGAAAGUGGAGAGGUGCCUAAAUGACCCCACCCAUGCACUAACUACCUAUGAAGGUUUUCACACUCAUGAUUUGCCACCAAUCCUCCCUCCUCCGUCAAGAUCUUUCGGUCUCUACAACAACUCCACCCUUAGUUCCAUACUUGGUAGAGGCAGAGGUAUACAAAAAGGUGUAGCUUCAGAUGCAGGUGCAGGUGCAAGGGCAAGAUAUCAUGCUAAUAACACUAUUACUAGUGUUAAUGGUAGAAUUGACAGUGGUAGUAGUGUUAAUGACAUUGGCUCGCUUGAGAAUAUUGGGUGUUAUAGUCGCCACCAUUCGUCGCGCUGCCACCAUGCCACGUCGCAGUCGAGGAGUAGAGCCGCGAGUGAGAGAGAAGGCGAUGCAGAGAGAGAGGGUAGCGGGUCUCGAACUGCCGCACCUUCGUCACCGUUCUGCCAUGGACUCCAUCGAUACCUCUGGGGUAGUGCUUGUCGCCGCCAUCCAUGGAGAACUGCUGCUGCUACCAUCGAACUGCUGCAACCCGCCGCUGAUAGGGGAGUCCGCCGCUGA